AUGAUUUUAGCAUAGCUUAGACUAAUGGAUAAUCAGCCUUAUUAUUUUUAAAAAUUUGUGAGUAUUGCACUCAUAAAGAGACUCAAGGUUUAAAAAUGUAUUGUAACAAUACUAAUUAGAAUAAUAUCUGAUUUUAAAAAAAUAAAAUUCUCGAUUAAAAAGCAAAGGCAAACUUAUAAUGAGGCAACUGAAAGAUAUGAAUAGAUCUGGUUUAAAUGGUCUGAUAAAUAAUAACCUCUCACCAAAAUGAAAAGAAUUUCAAUGAAAAAAUAGAGUGUCGAAUACAAGAUAAUAAAUUUAUGGCUUGUAUACGAAUUUAAAAAUACUAAAAUGGCUCUCAAAGCGAGUAGAAGUAAAAAAGUAUUAUCUGAAUGCUUUGCCAAGUAGUUACUUUCUUCCUUAAAAGAACAACUAAAGUCAUGCGUUUCGAUUAAGAAUCCUAAUUAAAAGAAAUUAUUGUUGGGAAAUGAAGAUUUUUUAUUAAUUAAAAAAAAAGAUGCCAUUAUAAAAGAUCAUUCAUAAUAAAUCUAUACCGAUCCCAAUCGUCAAGAAGAUAUUCAGGUAAGAAAUAGUAAUAAAGUAAGUAGGGUAUUCCAAAUCUUGCAACAAUUUUAGUUUAAAUACAGAGCGUAAGGAGAUGUAAAAUAACCAAUGAUUGUAAACUGUUGA